CCCGCCCCCCGGAUCUCCGGCUUCCGGCAACUCGGCUGGACCGAACCUGCGGGGAGCGUCCAGGGCUCGAGCCUUCCCGGACCCGCUGGAAGCCGAGCCCCUCAAGAUGAGGAAACUGAGGCCCCGAGGAGCGCAUAUACAGCAGAGAAGCAGCAGAAUCGAGAAUCAAACCCAGACCCCUGCAAAGUUUCUUCCUCAUAAUUGGGAGAAGACCCACUGGCUGAAUGGCAGCUGUAGAUGACUUGCAGUUUGAAGAAUUUGGUGAUGCAGCCACUUCUUUAGCAGCAAACCCAGAUGCCACCACGAUAAGCAUUGAGGAUCCUCAUGAAACCCCUAAACAUCAGCCAGGACCCCUAGGAGGCUCAGGGAGAGAAGAGGAUGAUGAGUUACUGGGAAAUGAUGACUCUGACAAAACUGAGUUACUUGCUGGACAGAAGAAAAGCUCCCCCUUCUGGACAUUUGAAUACUAUCAAACAUUCUUUGAUGUGGACACUUACCAGGUCUUUGACAGAAUUAAAGGGUCUCUUUUGCCGAUACCUGGAAAAAACUUUGUGAGAUUAUAUAUACGCAGCAAUCCAGAUCUCUAUGGCCCCUUUUGGAUAUGUGCCACACUGGUCUUUGCCAUAGCAAUCAGUGGGAAUCUUUCCAACUUCCUAAUCCAUCUGGGGGAGAAGACAUACCAUUAUGUGCCCGAAUUCCAAAAAGUGUCCAUAGCAGCCACCAUCAUCUAUGCCUACGCCUGGCUGGUUCCUCUCGCACUCUGGGGUUUCCUCAUGUGGAGAAACAGCAAAGUUAUGAACAUCGUUUCCUAUUCGUUUCUGGAGAUUGUGUGCGUCUAUGGAUAUUCACUCUUCAUUUAUAUCCCCACAGCAAUACUGUGGAUUAUCCCCCAGAAAGCUGUUCGUUGGAUUCUAGUCAUGAUAGCCCUGGGCAUCUCAGGAUCUGUCUUGGCAAUGACCUUUUGGCCAGCUGUUCGUGAGGAUAACCGGCGCAUCGCCUUGGCCACAGUUGUGACAAUUGUGUUGCUUCACAUGCUUCUUUCUGUGGGCUGUUUGGCAUACUUUUUUGAUGCACCAGAGAUGGACCAUCUUCCAACAACUACCGCUACUCCAAACCAAACAGUUGCAGCAGCUAAGUCCAGCUAAUGAGGAAAACACAGACUGAGCGAUUUCUCUAAGGAGUCCUGGUUCCUUUCAGCGGGGAAACAGUAUUUCAAGAUCAGAUUCUGGAUUCUACUGAUGCUCAUUGCAACUGGUUUGGUCAUUCAGACCUUUUCAGUGUUCAGAGCCAGGAAAUAUGUUUGUUUUCUUAUUUGUUUAUUUGCUCUGUAAAGAGGAUACAUUGUGAGGCCAAGCACAGUGGCUCAC